AUGGUAAUGGCGCCACCUACGACGUAUGCUGCGUCAACUUUUUUGCCAUUUAAGGAAGAAGUUCCGCUUCUGACGUCAUUCUGUCUCUCAAAAUGGCGGACGGCGAACUGAACAUCGACAGCAUCAUUACCCGGCUUUUAGAAGUGCGGGGAUGCAGGCCGGGAAAGACGGUGAAUUUGACAGAGUCAGAGGUGAGGGGCCUGUGUCUAAAAUCCCGGGAACUGUUCCUUAGUCAACCAAUCCUCUUAGAGCUGGAGGCCCCUCUCAAAAUAUGCGGUGAUAUACACGGCCAGUACACAGACCUGUUGAGGCUGUUUGAGUACGGCGGCUUCCCACCAGAGUCCAACUAUCUCUUCCUGGGCGACUACGUGGAUCGGGGCAAACAGUCGCUGGAGACUAUCUGCCUCCUCCUGGCCUACAAGAUCAAAUACCCGGAGAACUUCUUUCUCUUGAGGGGCAACCACGAGUGUGCUAGCAUCAACAGGAUCUACGGUUUCUAUGACGAAUGUAAAAGACGCUACAACAUCAAGCUAUGGAAGACAUUCACAGACUGUUUUAACUGUUUGCCGAUAGCCGCCAUCAUUGAUGAGAAAAUCUUCUGCUGUCAUGGAGGAUUGUCACCAGACCUGCAGUCCAUGGAGCAGAUCAGACGCAUCAUGAGACCCACAGAUGUCCCUGAAACAGGAUUGCUGUGUGACCUGCUAUGGUCCGAUCCAGACAAGGAUACGCAGGGCUGGGGCGAGAACGACCGCGGUGUCUCCUUCACGUUUGGCAUCGACGUGGUCUCCAAAUUCCUGAACAAACAUGACUUGGACUUGAUAUGCAGAGCUCAUCAGGUCGUUGAAGAUGGCUAUGAGUUCUUUGCCAAGCGUCAGCUAGUGACGUUAUUCUCAGCCCCCAACUAUUGCGGGGAGUUCGACAAUGCAGGAGGCAUGAUGAGUGUCGACGAAACACUCAUGUGCUCAUUUCAGAUUCUGAAACCCUCGGAGAAGAAGGCGAAAUACCAAUACGGGGGACUGAACUCGGGCCGACCCAUCACGCCACCCAGAGGGAGCACCAAGAAGUAAACCGACUGCAGCUGCAAAAGCAACAUUUAGGAGGGGUAACUAAAAAAUAACCAUUGGGUAAAACUGGGGUCAGUGAUUUUUCUCCGCUAAUUGACAGCAGCAAUUAUGAUUUGAAAACGGCAUUUGUGUUUGACAUGGGGUGAUAUGGGGAUAUUUUUCAUGUCUUUUUUAACCAUCUGAUUAGCCUGGUAUUAUUUAUUGUAGUUUCUUUUCCAAAUUCCUGCAAAUUGUUUUUUUUGUAACUUAAGUCACUGGUCAGUUGAAAAAAAAAAACACCCCAGAAUUACAAUGAGUUAACUUUGGAAUGUCUGCUGAAAUAUUAAGUAGAAAAAAACAUCGCCUAGAUCCUAAUCCCACCUAAAAUAUUUGUUUGUGCCUCCUGUGGACCAAGCAGGGGCCAUGUUUAACUUAAUAGCAUUUGCAUAAUCUAAAGUUUUAUUUCUAUAUAAUCAUCAUUUUAUCCGUUACGUUAUUCAGCAUUUGUUAAAUUUACAUAGAAAUAAUUCCACGGACUCUUAAAAAUAUCACUGCUGGAUGGACUGUUAUACGAGUGUUUUUUGCCUUUUUGGCUUUAAAUUUUCGAAAUUAUGGAUCAGACUGAAACGGAUAUGUGAGAGAGGCCUAUAAUUUGUUACUAUAAUUCAUCGGUUCAGUGCGCGACAUCGCGUAGCUACAAUCGGCUGAAUGAGAACGUGUCCCAAAUGCUGAAUUCAGGGGCGAUUUAAAACACGACUCAGCAGAUUUUGAUUUGAAAUCGCGAUCCUAGAAUAUUGUUUUUUUUCUUGGAAUAUACAGCAUUCACUGAGCUAAACCUUCAUCAGGUUAGUUGUUAAGCACCCUUCUUUAGAUUUUGAGCACUUGUGUUGCUUCAAACGAACAUAAUGCACAAAUGAUGUGCUCUUCCUUUGAAUGCAUUGUGUACAAUCUCAGUACAAUUACAGGUUGAACUUAUAUAUGCAUUUCUUGGAAAAAAAUGAAUGCAAAGACCAGUAUGCUGACAUUUGUGGGUCUGAAAAUGACCAGUGAUCAAUUCGGGUGAUUCACAAUGCAGUGCACCACCAAGAGUGUGUCCUGGAGUGUUAUUUUUUCCAGUGCAUUGUGGGAGAUGGUCGACAAAUUCGCAGCGCGGGACAUUUGAAAUUGUUUGUUUUUCCGGUCAGUAGUUUCGUAAGCGUAUGAUUCGAGUACCGGUAUAUGUUUGCCCUUUUUUUUCCUUUUUAUCAAUAUGGUGUUUUUGUAAGGCGGCAGAACGCUGUGACCCAAUCUAUAGCAAAUUAGCUCAAGUUGUCUACUGACACUCAUUCAAAUGGGCCGUGUUUUGUCGACCGUAAACUUGAAAAAAUGGACUCUCCAUGGCAAACUCUGCAUUGCGUAUUGCCCGAAUUGCAAAAUUAACAUUGCAAGGAGUAAACCUGUUAACGUUAUAAAAUUGUGUUUUGGCCCGUGUUCAAAGUUUGUCUUUUUUUUCUGCUAUUGUUUUUUUGUUUCAGCUCAUAAUCAUUGGCAAAUUAGGUAUUCAUUGUCCCCUUGUAUUUUCUAAGACAUGUCACAUUUUUGUUUACUUGUAAAUGAAGCGGAAUUGCAUGGUCCCAAAAUAAGUAAGGAGUUGAACAGAACUUAAAAGAAGAAAAAAAUGUGAAAAAAAAAGAACCAGUUAGGUUUAAUAACUGACGAAAAUCUCAUAUAUGAUUUAUUAAACAUACGGAUUAAGUUAUUUGCUUGUUUGUAAAUGAAAUGCUCAAAUACUGGAUCAUUACCACAUAAAAGUAGUUGGGUGUGUUACUGAAUCUAUUAUAUUUCUGGCUUUCAUUUUUAUGAUUGUAUUAUAAGAUUUUUUUGUUAAAUUGAUUUUGGGGGUUUUCGUGAACUGCGUUUGAGUUUAUGUAAAGAAAUAUUUUAGUGAUAAAGAGUUAUAUGAAUGUAUUGUAUUGUUAAAUGUAGCUUAAUUGCAUGGCCAUGCGAUUGAAUAUGCAACGCUCUGCCAAAAAUGCGCUUUGCUAUUCUUGUGUAGAGAUGCGAAGUCGGAAUGUUAUGUUGCCAUGUGAAUGUAAUUUGCUUUUCUGUAAACUCCAUACCAUUUCAUUUAUAAUUGCCAAUCAUUUUUUACAGUGUAAUACUUUUUAAAUUAAGGCAUUCAUAUAAGAUUUCAUGUAUUUUAAUUUUUUUUUUCAGUUAAAAAAACUUUCACUAGCAGAGGCAGAAUUUUGAGAUUUGUCUUGAAUGAAACAAAUUUUAGGUACCAGUUUUUUACCCUCUUUGGAGAUUGCAUUUUUUCAGCAGUAAGACUUAUUUUUGGACCAAACAAUUACUGUUUGAACUGUUGUGAAUUUCUGACAACGAACCGUCCCCUUCUAAAAAUGGAAACUUGGCCACUAAUUACGAGUCUGGCUGGCACGGCUAAAACGAGUUCUGUCUUUUUUUUCCGGUGCUAAAUAUUCGUCUUUUAUUAAAAACUUGAUAGUUCUGCUUAUCUAUUUGUUGCUUGCAAUCACUGGUUGUCACUGCUAUGCAAGCAAAUGCUAUCCUAGAAAAUGCAAGCCCGAUCAAAACUACAUUUCACGUUUUCCAUUAUAGUUAUAAGUGGCAUUAUUUAAUUGGUGGACUUAUCCACCUAGCAAAGUGUGUCAUUCUUUAUGACUUGUGCAAGAGUUGUUCAUUGUGAGCUGUUUUGUUUCUACAUGUACCCAAGUUCCUUUUAGCUGUCUUGCAUUGACAGAAAUGACAAAAACAAACAGCCAUCUUAAGCGUUUUUCCCCAACGAGAUAGUUUGGCAACUUAUGUGGAAGGAGUUUAAUCACUUGAUCACUUGUACUUUUCAUUCAUGGGAAAAGUUGCUGCAACGACAUACCAAUCAUCCAACAAUUUUCACAUUUUCAUAUUCAAAAGGAUUUGGGGAUAAAACAUGAGAUGAUGAUUCAGAAGUAGAAACGUUCACAGUAUUUGAAUAGGAAUUAUGGGCUUGUUAUAAACUUAACAAAAUUCUACACUGAUGGAUUGCCAGAAAGGGCUUUUGCCAAACUCAUUUUUCAUCAGUCACUUGUUUCAUAGGAAUGUUUUAUAAAUAUGCAGUGCCUUUAAUUAAAAAAAAAAAUCCUGUUGUGUAGCCAGAAUGGAUGUUACAUUUUGUGGGAUGUUAAAAGUUGGUGCUUUACACCUUUUGAUUGAAAUUUCUUAUUUAAUAGAGACUUGCAGUGUAAACAUUUGUUUUUGUCCCCGUAAGGAGAAUUCAUCCUAUUAAAAGUAGUUAUGUUAUUUAGGGAAACAUUUCAUCUGACAUUGUGUAGGAAUCAUUAUUAGUAGAUUGUUUUCAUGACCAUACAUAAAUAACCAGUUUACAGACAUUAUUUCAGUCUUUGCUAUUUUACGUGCGAUGAUCUUUCAUAAGAGGUUCAUGUAUUAACGAACCUCGCUGUGAAUUGCACAUUUUCUUUUGGCAUAUACAUGUAUUUGUUAAUUUUGUUUUUUCCAGUAGUAUUUUAUGCCACUGUAAAAAGUUUGUGCAUUUAUUCAAUAGAGAAUUAAAACAUUUUUUCAAAACAAA